AGGACAGCAUCAUGAGCACGCCAUUCCGCCAGGGCCUGAACAAGGUGUACUUGCCCAACAUUAUCUUUAAGAUGGUCAAGACACCCAACUUGCAGUCGAACCAAGUCGCUUUCCGUGUACCUCCCAGUUGCAACAAAUUCGACAUUCAUUCCUAUCUUACCAACAUCUACAAUGUGACUGUUCAGGAAGUCCGUACCAUGAACUACGGCACUGUACACAAAAAAGGACGCAAUGGCAAGAUUGGUGUAUCGGAGACUGCCUACAAAAAAGCAAUUGUUACCAUUAGUGAACCUUUUAGCUUCCCUAAGGAUCCUGAAUGGUGUGCUCUUGAGAGAGAGCAGAACAAGGUUGGAUCCAAGAUGGCUGGUCGCAAGACCAAGGGAUGGCGCUUCAGAGGAACAGAAGAAGAGCGUGCCAAGUUAAAGGAAGUCAACGAAAAAGUGCAGGCACGCAUGGAGGCUGACCAAAAGAAGAAAUAAACGCAAUAAACACAAAAAAAAAGACAGAAGAUGGGAUUAUGUUUAUUUUGUUUGCUUUUUUUUUGCAUGUGUAUAUAAUUAUUAUCAUUUUCCUUUGAAACAUGAAACUCUAGAUAUAUGGUUUCAAAUAUAUAUAAAAGAUAAACCAACC